AUGAGUUUCCGUGUCUUGGAUCUCGUCAAGCCCUUCGAGCCCCUCGUGCCCGAGGUGAUUGCUCCUGAGAGGAAAGUCAGCUUUAAUCAGAGAGUAAUGUGGACCGGAGUCACCUUAUUGAUUUUUCUUGUUAUGAGUGAGAUUCCUCUUUACGGUAUCAACUCGUCAGACGGACUGGACCCGUUGAUCUGGCUCAGAAUGAUGCUUGCUUCUAACAGAGGCACGUUGAUGGAGUUGGGUGUUACGCCCAUUGUGACAGCAUCGAUGGUGUUUCAAUUGUUGCAAGGCACCAAGAUGAUCCAUGUGGACAUGAACAAUAAGCAAGACAGAGAGCAAUUCCAGAACGCCCAGAAGCUUUUGGCGAUUAUGUUGGCGUGCGGCCAAGCCACCGUGUAUGUGUUGACAGGCAUGUACGGGCCACCAAAGAUGUUGGGGUUGGGGAUCAUUUUGUUGUUGAUUUUGCAGUUGGUGUUUGCUGGCAUUAUCGUGAUUUUGUUGGAUGAAUUGUUGCAGAAGGGUUACGGGCUUGGCUCUGGUAUUUCCUUGUUCACUGCUACCAACGUGUGCGAAAAAAUCAUGUGGAAGGCUUUUGCUCCAACCACUUCCUCUGCUGGUAAGGGUGCCGAGUUUGAUGGUGCAGUGAUCGCCUUGUUCCAUCUUUUGGGCUCCAGAUCUGACAAGAGAAGAGCCAUUUUGGAGGCAUUCUACAGACAGAACUUGCCCAAUAUGCUCCAAGUUUUGGCCACCGUCUUCAUGUUCUUGACCGUUGUGUACUUGCAAGGUUUCAGAGUAGAGAUCCCCAUUAAGUCUACUAGACAGAGGGGCCCUUAUGCCUUGUACCCAAUCAGAUUGUUCUACACCUCCAACAUGCCCAUUAUGUUGCAAUCGGCCUUGUCCUCGAACAUCUUCAUUGCUUCUCAAAUUUUGUUCAUGAGAUGGCCAAACAACUUGUUUGUUAAGCUCUUGGGCCAGUGGGGACAAAAGGGUGGCUCCUCUCAGUUGUAUGCGGUGAGUGGCUUAGCUUACUAUAUCCAGCCACCUCUUUCCGUCACUGAAGCCAUGUUCGACCCCAUCAAAACCCUCAUUUACAUUGUCUACGUGUUAGGUACCUGUGCUGUUUUCUCCACCACGUGGAUUGAGAUCUCGGGUACUGCUCCAAGAAACAUUGCUAAGCAGUUUAAGGACCAAGGCUUGGUAAUUGCUGGUCACAGAGACACCAGUGCCUACAGGGAGUUGAAAAAGAUUAUCCCAACUGCGGCUGCAUUCGGUGGUGCUGCUAUUGGUGCUUUGUCUGUCGCUAGUGACUUGCUUGGAUGCUUGGAGAGUGGCACCUCUAUCUUAAUGAGUGUCACCACCAUCUACGGUUACUAUGAGUUAGCCGUGAAGGAGGGUGGUCUCUCGAAAUCCAUUGUUAGUGGAUACUCUGACGGUAUCUAG